CCCUCCACAGCACUGGUGUGAUGAUGUCAUCGGCGCUGUGCCAGAGACGUCAUGAGCGUCCUACUGCCCAACAUGGCGGACUUUGAUACCAUUUAUGAGUUAGAAGAAGAAGAUGAGAGAAUUGUGAGUGAAGAGCAUCUCGUGAGAUACUGUCCCGAGCCUGUGGUCAUGCGUGGGGCUGGUCACAUCACCGUGUUUGGACUAAGCAACAAAUUUGACUCAGAGUUUCCUUCUGUUCUCACAGGAAAGGUUGCUCCAGAGGAAUUCAAGACGAGCGUCAAUCGAGUAAACGCUUGCUUGAAGAAGAACCUACCGGUCAAUGUGAAAUGGCUUCUCUGCGGCUGCCUGUGCUGUUGCUGUACGGUGGGCUGCAGUCUGUGGCCUGUCAUAUGUCUCAACAAGAGAACGCGAAGAUCCAUCCAGAAAUUGUUAGAAUGGGAAAACAACAGAUUAUAUCAUAAGCUUGGGCUGCACUGGAAACUCAGCAAGAGAAAAUGUGAGAGCAACAACAUGAUGGAAUAUGUUAUUCUUAUAGAGUUCUUACCGAAAUAUCCUAUAUUCAGACCUGACUAAAGGACUUCUGCUGGAUCCCCGUGGAAGGCCCUUCAUUCCUCUCCUUAGUGCCUUGUAUAUAUGUUGGAUUUAGGGUCUUCACUGGGUUUCUCCGAGACCCCUUCUCCCAGUACCUUGUACAGUAGAAUUCGCAACACUGUCACUUUGCUUUAGAGCAGAUUUUGCACAUUUCCUGAUGUAGUAGAAGCGCUCCUGUGUUGCACUCAAGACGUAUUGUUACAUAUAACGAGAGAUGGGAAGAAAGCAAACUCUGAUACUGUUUAAAAAGUGCAUUUACCCCAAAGAGCCAUCAAGUCCUCCCUGCAUACUAUAUUAUGGUAUUGUUACGAACAAGGCACCUUAUGGUGUGAAUUUGCCUUAUGUUAAAGGACAACCUUUUUUAAAUCAGACGUGUUUCAGUGCAGGAGUCAGAAGGGUGUGGUGUUUUAAUGUUUUCAGAGUGCGAAGACUAGCGUUGGGGCUUUUGAAGCUAGUGCAGCAGAUGUUUGAACUAGCUUAGAGGAACAGUCAGCACCGUGAUCUGGCACUUUUGCGAUUGUCUACUACACGGGGAAGUCAACGAACUGACUUGUAAAUAUCAUGGACAGGAUGUACAGUGUGGUAUAACAUGUUUACAUUAUGUAAUUUAGCUGGUUAUUAGUUUUUCGCCAAGAUAUUAUUGUAGCAUAGUUUGUUUAUAAGCCGUGUCUCUGUAACUUAACAGUUUAUAUGGACCUGUUUACCCAGUAAGCCAUAAAAUGUACGUACAAGAUGCCACUCGAGUUAGGGCUGAAAAUUGCACUUGAGCACACAAGGACAAGCAGAUUGUCCUGGAGGUUUUUGAUAUUGUUUUACAAUGUCAUUAGUAGAGUGUUUAAAAACGAUUACGUAUGCCAAUCAAGCAAAAUUUGUUACUAAGAUUAAUGUGUCAUUCAUUUUUGCGCCAAGUGAUAUUUACCUAUUCAAGUUUUUGUUGGAAUGUACUUUGUACCCAGUAUUUUUUUUCUUCAUGUUUUGUUUCUGUUCUUUCAGUACAGCUUCAUCUUGGUUUGUGUGUGUUUUAGUUGUGUUCAUGGAUGCUGUAUCUUGUGGUUCUGCUCCUGGGGUAACUACAGACACAGCUUCGUAUAUGUAAAUGUUUAAAACUGCCCCUCAUCUGUUUUCUGUAAAUGUAUGACAUCUUAUUGCUCCAUAAACUGUAGACAUGACUGCAUUAGUCGAGUGCCUCUGUAGAUGGUCUUGAGAGGGAGCUGUGCUUAAUUGGAAUGAUUCUUUGCCUAGCAAUCUAAUGGAGAGAAAGGAAUCUGCUCUCAGAACUGGUUCUGUUAAAGUACCUGUAAAUGUUUGUCCCUACCUAAUCCUGUGGAAAGCUUCAAUAAAUUCCUGAUUUUGA